AUGCCUUUAUGGAAACGCAAGAAAGUUGGACUUAUUGACCUUUUCGAGACUUACAUGGGGCAUGACUACCAUUGGUACUUGAAGACCGAUCUUCGAACCGACCUUGAGAAAGCUUACCGCGAGCCCAACUCCCUUGCGGUACGCGAGAAGCUGUGUAAGAUGCUCAUCAUAUGGGCUCUUGGUGCUUCGUAUUCACGAUACACCCAGGCGUAUGUACCCCUGGUGGAUUCAGACCAUGUCAGCGACAGUGCGCCAAUCUGCGCAAAAUGCCCGGGCGUAGAAUUCUUCGAUCAGGCUAUGACUUUUUUCAAGAUGCCAUCUGAAGAGCCAAACAUCGAUCAUGUCGAGGUCUUGAAUCUCAUCGCAUGGUAUUGUUUCUCUAUGAAUCGCCGCAAGACGGCCUACAUGUACGCUGGUCUGGCGUCUCGCAUAGCACGCACUCUUUCACUUCAUACUCCAACGGUGGAAUCAUCGCGACUGAGAUCUGAGCACAAGAAGCGGGUCUUAUGGACGACAUACCUCAUUGACUGGAUGACAAGCUUAGCAAUAGGCCAACGACCGACCUUACUUCUCGGUGAGGUCGAAGUCGAAACUCCUUGCAAUGACGACUUAAGCGAGGAAGAGCAGCUCCAGUUCGGCAACAAGGAGGUGUUGAACAUGAACAUCGAUCUUUGUCGUGCCCAGAUGCAGACCGCCACCGCUCGCUUACAGCCUGGUAAUCACGCUGGGCUGCGAAACAAGAUUCAACCCAGCAUUGACUUUCUACAACAAUGGCAGGCUGGGGUAGCUCAGUCGUGUGCUUUCACCUCCUUUGACAGUGGAAUUCCACCAGACAUGCUACGGAAGCCUGAGGUACGAUCAAUAUCGUCGAUCUAUCUGCGAUAUCAUCAGAUCUUCAUUCUUCUCAUGCGUCCAGUCUUCUUGGCCCUUCUCGAUCACGUCUUCAAUGGGAGCAUCAGCAACGAUGUCAUAGAGGAUUUGAUUGCCCUUGCUCGACAGUGCAUGUCGGCUGCCCGAUGCAACCUUCGAAUUCUGGAGAGUUUGAAUCGCGUUGGCAAAAUUGCAAGGCACGGAUUCUGGGAAAGCCUACAUCUCUUCUCGGCCCUCAAGAUAUUCGCCCUAGGUACUCUGCUGAGCGAAAUCCGCCCUUUUGAGACCGACUCACAUGCUGAUGAUGAUCCAACCUUGGCUCUGACUUCGAAAGCUCUCCUACAGGACAUGGCUGAUAGCGGGAAUUUUGCCGCCAAAGGCCACGUCAAGAUGCUUAGUGAUGUGGAACAAGUCCUUCAAAACGCGACACACGGGCCUGACUUCAGUAUUGGCGAUUAUUUGCACUUCGAUAGCUUCGAGGACGAGAUCAUGUUGGGGUCAAGCUAG